CACACCUCUCUCUCUCUUUCUUUAUUUCUCUAUCUCUUUCUCACACACUUCACUCACUCUCACACAAUUUCUAUUCCGCUUCUACAAGAGUCACAUUGCUUGAUUUAACUGUGUGAAACCAAAAAAAAAAAAAAGACAUUUGAUCCAAAUUUCUUCUGUUUCGCCUCACAGUGAUGAAAUUACAAAACCCAGAUAAGAAAACCCUAAGAGGAGCCUUUAAUCAGGAAUCUAGUCUAGUGGUGGCUUCAGGUUCUGGAGAUUUCGGUAUGGAUGGAUUGAAAUGCGAUGGGAAAUUUUCGGUUAAGGAGGCAUUAAUGGAAGAAGAAGACGAAGAAGGUGGUGAUAAAGUGAGGAAGAUUCAAGUCUCUGGAGGGAAUAUAUCUCUUGUUGUUGAUUUUAGUGGUUCUUUAACUGGGAAUUCUUCUCACAAUGUCUUUGAGUCUAAAGGUAGUUGUGUCAAUGAGAGUCUCGUUAAAAGAAAUGGGUACAGAGAGGAUGAAACUCAGGAGUUUCUGAUUGGGAAUCUUGUAUGGGUCAUGAAUAAAUACAAGAAAUGGUGGCCAGGAGAAGUGGUUGAUUUCAAAGCUGACGCAAAGGAUAGUUUUAUGGUUAGGUUUAUUGGUCAGAGCCAUCUUGUUUCGUGGUUUGCAUCUUCAAAGUUGAAGCCUUUUAAAGAGAGCUUUGAGCAAGUCCGGAAUCAUAGAAACGAUAUUGGGUUUUUCGCUGCGUUAGAGAAAGCUAUGUCCUUGUUGAGCAACUCGUUGACGCUUGAUAUGACUUGCUCUUGCAUUGCUGAUGGGAAUGGAAUAGUGUCAGCUAAAAAUGUACCAACUUGGAAGAGCAAACCUUUGAUACUGCGUGAAUUCUCGGUAGAUCGGUUGGAACCAAAAGAGUUUGUUACUCAGCUGAAGGAUAUUGCUAAAUGUGUUUCGAAUGCUGGGGUACUCGAGUCUAGAGUUAUGCACUGUCGGUUAUCAGCUUUUUAUACUCUCUUUGGACAUAAGCAGAUACCAAUGAACCAGCUACACGAAAAUGAGGGUAGGAAAAGUUUCACUGCUAAGAUGAAUGACAGUCAGUUCAUCGGUUCUCCAUCUGUUGUUGCAGGUAAUAGCAGGAACAGGUUUCGUAAAGAAUGGUUUAGGAAAUUUGUAAGUGAGGUUGACAAUGUGUCUGCCAGAGACCAUCUAGUAAAUGUGCCUCCUUCUGAUUUGAUAUCUAACCUCAAGCUGCUUGCUGUGGACCAGAAUUGUUCACAAGAGACUGAAAAUACUGGUCUCUUUGAGUGGUUCUUCUCCAAAUUCAGAAUUUCUGUGUUUCAUGAUGAAAAUGCUUACAAGAUGCAGUUGGCUAACAUGGCUGGUUUCAAGGAUUUGAUGUUAGCUAGAAAUGCAAAUCGUGGUACUCAUCAGAAAACCUCAAAGUCAAAGAAAUUAGGGAAGUCAAAGAUCGAGCUUUUCAGUGGUGUGACAGUUGCUGAUACUGAGAAGAAGACCUUCGAGUCGCAGAUAUCAGAGAAGUCAAAGAUCGAGUCUCUUAAUUGUGUUUCAACUCCAGAUAAUGAGCAAGAGGCCUCCAAGUCAAAGAAUUCAGGGAAGACAAAGAUCAAUCAUAUCAUUGGUCACUCCGAUUCUUCUAGUUCUGUUGCUAAUAAGCUACUUUCGAAAGAUUUCCAAGAAACACCAUUGGUUCGAUUUCCAGACGGGAGACCUACUAUGAUGGGAGAUACACUCAGCCGCACUGCUGCUACACUUGUACCGGACCUAAACAGCGGAGGCAAUGCUUUAGAUAUUGUAGAGUAUGAGCAUUUUCAAAGACCUGAGAUGUUAAUGCCGCCUAAUGUCUGCCCACAAGAGGAGAAUAGACCGAGAUCUAUGAUACUCAACUUUCAGGUGACAUCUCCUUGUUCAACCAACAAAGUCUCAGGAACUCAGUUUGUUUCUAGCCAGCCAGCUUCAUUCAGACACUUCACGAGUGAAGACCUUUUCACUGGUUCAGGGAAGAAGAAGAGAGGAAGGAAGCGGAAGAAUGCACAAGAGCUUCCAAUAGUUGCACAUUCCACUACUGGUAUACCUGACUUAAAUGGGAUGAUUACAGAGCCAGCUUCGGUUUUGCCUCAAGUUGAGCCUACUCAGCGCAGAAGACGCCGGAGGAAAGAGGAGUUAUCUAAUGGUAUAACCAGAGGAAUCACAAUUCUCUUCUUGAAUUUUUCCUCCCGAGUGUCAAUGCCUUCGAGGGACGACCUAACCUCGAGAUUCUCUGCGUUUGGUCCUUUGGAUUCUUCCGAAACACACGUUUCAGAAGAAUUUAGUGGUGCUCAGGUCGCGUUUGUGAGUAGUUCCGAUGCGAUUGAAGCAGUUAAAAGCUUAGAGAAAGCUAACCCUUAUGGUGAAACCUUAGUGAGUUUCAGGUUACAGCAAAAAUUGAUAACCGUUCAAAGGAACAUAGCCCCGCGGAUGCCGGUAAUCUCACAUGUUAGUCCCAUACCGAUAGCGAACAACAUACCUACCAGUGUGGAGUCAAUGAGGCAGAAUCUGUUGAUAAUGACAGCAAUGCUGGAGAAAUCUGGUGAUAGUUUAUCAAGAGAGACGAAGGCGAAACUGAAAAGCGAGAUCACUGGGCUUUUGGAGAAGGUUAGUUCUAUGCCGAGCUCUUCUUCUUCCUGAAUGAUCCCUAACAUUCAUCAUCAAUGUGAUCUUCUCAGGCUUUCUAUUGUGUACCAUGUGUUGUAACUUUUGAUUCCAUCUUAUGAACUGGGUUCUUGUGUUUCCAGUCUUUUAGUUUGACGGUAGUUCUAGACUAAGAUUAGAUAAUAGAAGAUGUUGGCAAUAUUCUUCUAAUAACUUUUUCCUUGAUAGCUUAAAGCUCUUUAGAUUAUGUAAUCUCCAUCCUUCAGUGUAGUUCUUGCCUACUUGAUAAUUUCCAUCAAGAUCUGACGUAUUUCCGUUGUAAGUCACUGUGUAUGUACAAGUAGAGAGACAUUGAUAUGCUUGAAAAGUUCCCUAUUCUGUUUCUACCUAA